AUGCCGCUACGCAUCUGUCAAAAGGCUGCCUCUGCUCUGCGACCCCCGCGACUACGGCCCGCCUACUACGCGCGUCUGGGCGCUUCCAAGCCCCGGCCAUUCUCAGCAGCGUCAGCUCCAGCGCCACACGAACAGAUUGAUGUCCCCUGUCGGUCCAACGGCAUCGUGACGGUUGACGUUUUCCGCGCCCCAAAGCCUGCUGCCCCCAUCUUGAUCUAUCUUCCUCCUGGUCCUGUACUCCCACAGUCUGAAGAAGAUGAACACCGUCUCAUCACAACAUUAGCCGCAGCAAGCGCGGCAACAAUCGUCCGCAUCAACUACCGCGCUUCGUCGGUACAUCAGUAUCCCACGCCAUGCCACGAUGUAUUGACCGGCUACGACUGGGUCCGCGAGCAUCUGCUUGUUGAUGCAUUUAACAGACCUUAUCUAGCUCGUCUUGGCGUAUGUGGAGAACUCGUCGGGGGCUCUCUAGCUACCAUGCUGGCCUUGACCGAGUGCCAUGCUGGAGAGAGCCGUAUCGGUGCCGCGGCCGUCAACAACCCCCUCGUCGACUGGGUCUUUCCGGACGAGCUCCCCGUUGUGCAGCCCGAGGAUCUCCAAGAACCUAUAAACGGUGAUGAAACAGCGCUCCCGGCCGACGAGGACUUGGCCGGUUCAUUGGCACUCCAGGAAGCCACUCGUAAUGUCUUGAUGUCUGAACGCAAGUCUCGCAAGCGGCCUUCGUCAAAGGCCCAGCAACUUUCGUCCUGGCAAGCCCACGGUGACAACACCGUCAUACCCACCUUGACUCUGUCGGGAGAGCGUGAUAUCCUCUUCAGAAGCCCAGAUGACUACUUUGAUCGCUUCGCCUCGCCAAUCCAUUUCUUCCGUUCCCCCCAUGCCCAGUUGAUCUAUCCACAGCCAGACCACAUCUUUGCGUCGCAGCAACCCGACGAGAUUCUAGACAUGGAGGCUCAGAUGGCCCUCAACCACUAUGCCACCUUUGACGAGAAUGCCAAACCCCCACAGCCGCUGCCGUACCUGAGCCGGUGUCGUGCAUACGCCCGCAACUAUCCCCAAGCUGGCACACGUCUAACCCUCCCAGUCUGGAACAUUACCACUGGUUUGCAAAGUCCACUGUCCGAUAGCUCGCUUGAGCUCGCAAAAAUGGUGCGUAGAAGUAUCGCCCGUCAGACGAUGAAAACGCAUACAGGGCGAUCGCGGUGGUUCGACGCAGCCGAGAAGAAGCACUACGAAGAGUAUGCCCAUGGCCGCGUCCAGGUAAACUCGCACUGGGGGAUUGGGCUGUGGAGUCAGCAGGAUGAGAAUCCAGCGUGGAAAUCACGCGUCGAGGACGUGGGAGCUUGGAUGAAGCAGCGGCUGGACCCAGGCUUUACAUGA